UGGUACACUCCGAUGCUGCGAGCCUGGUUCAGCCUGCCUCCUCGUUAUCUCCCCGGAAGAUCUCAGGCAGAGCGUAGCACCUGACCAUCGCGGUAACACACGGCAGUAAAACGAGGGAAACAUCGCUCCCUUCGCUCGCCAAAGCCCUCCACUAACUGGGAAUACAGCUCCGGACUGCCUUUGUCUGCGUUGUGUCCGCAUUGAAAGCGACGGUGGGACAGUCGAGAUGAAGUCGGUGGCGGCGCAGCGGCUCGUGACUGUCGGCUGAAUGAAUGGUGCAGAGGAGCGAACUGGCUGGAUUACCUAGCAACGCUUGUUUGAAUUAAAUAUCUAGUCGAAAUAUGGUGAUAUUUUUGAUACUACGUCACCACGCCUGUUGCCAUGGACCAUUAACACCUGACGGAGAAGACGCACCUGGUUUUAUUGUAAUGGCUAACUAGACGCUCGUAUUUCUUGUCAAGCCAGGUUAACUAUAGUGAAAGGUGUUCUGUAAAACUGCCUGUUGGUCAUAAUUUAUACGUUAGCGUAGUAUAACUGCUCAUAAAGGAACAAAAUGAGCGACAGCUUUAUCAGUGCUGGUGCACAAACAAAAGAGAGAAUAAUAUGGAGAGCAUAAUGCACUUUUGUGCGCACAACCGCUCAUAAGGGAGAGAAAGGCAGCUUGUUCAAUGUUGGACAACAAAAUGAAAGACAUAUGUCGUAUCUGUGGACGGGAUCUCUACGGCAACCAGCGCCGGUGGAUCUUCCACCCGGCCACCAAGCUCAACCUGCAGGUUCUGCUGUCACACGCUCUCGGCCAGGAGCUGGCGCGGGACGGCCGCGGGGAGUUCGCCUGCUCCAAAUGCGCCUUCAUGCUGGACCGCAUGUACCGCUUUGACACGGUGAUAGCCCGCGUGGAGGCCCUCUCCAUCGAGAGGCUUCAGAGGCUCCUGCAAGAGAAACAUCGGCUCAGGCAGUGUAUCGGUGGAUUGUACAGGAAGACAAACUCGCUAGAGAGCACCACGACUUCUGCGGAUGAAGGGGAAGCAGCAGGAGAUGGGAUGGUGGAUAUUUCAGGCCUCACCCAUGCAAAGUACUGUGCUCUUCUUCAGGAGGACCUAGUCUAUUCUUUGUAUGAAUCCUGGGCUGACGACAGCACGGAUUGCCACCAUCACCACCACCCUCAGUCUUCGGCUGGGCCAGGGUCAGAUUUGGCGGGGCCUCACCGUUGUAUGCCCACCACUCCUAGGAGAUGCCGGGGUUGUUCCCAUUGGCGUGUGGCAGACUCUGACUAUGAAGCUGUUUGUAAGGUGCCCAGGAAGCUUGCACGGAGUACCUCUUGUGGCCCCUCAACCAGAUAUUCCGCCAGCUUCAUUGGAGGCAGCGGUGCAGAAUUAGAGGAAAAAGGAAACGGGGAGGAACCAGAUGAACCGCCAUCCUCUCUGACUCUAGUUCCUGCUUCUCAGGAUGUGUCAAGGACUUCAGAUAGUGACCAAACGCUAGCAGGAAGAGUCAGCUCCAGCCCUUCAAUAGCAUCCUUGGAGACAACUGAGGACUGCAUUCAGCAUGAGGUCACCAGAGAUGAACUGUUGAACUCUCCCAAAGAGCCAAUGGAUGACCGGCUAUCUGACACCCACCCCGACAGAGCUCCACAUGGCCAAUCAUCUCCUGGACCAAGCCUCUCUCUGGCUCUCUGUUUGCUACAGAAUUAUGCUGUUCAUCGUCCGGUCCAAAGCAAAGGCAGUAAACUUCCGGUGUUGCUUCGACGGAGCAGCAAUCAUGGAAGGUUGGACUUAUCCGAUCCAAUUCUAGAGCUAACCUUCGGAACUCCAGAUGGUGAACGAUACCAACACAUGGCAACACCUGAGCUGGAAGCCCCCUCGAUCCAACCGAAUGUUGGGUCGGACCAUGUCCUUAACCGGAGUAAUAUAGAAGACAUUCCGGAGGAUGUUUAUUUCGAGUGUCCGCCACCAAAGCCACACCAGAACCUUGUGGAGGAGCAGCAAAGCCAGUUGAACCAAUACGAGUGUGCUGCCGGUCAAUGUGUCAGCGAGUUGCAGAAGGCCCAAAUGCAGGUGGAGUCCCUGCAAGCCAGAAUCCACGAGAGUGAUUCCAACAAUAUGAAACUUCAGGAGAAGCUGAACGAGAUGGAAUGUGAGCUUCGUUCCCUCCGCCAGGCUUCUCAGAGUCAGGAGAGAACCAUCCAGGACCUCACAGAAUCCAUCGGCACCAAAGACACUGAGGCUCAGGAGCUGUACCAGUUGAUCGAGGGGCAGAAUGUCACAUUAUACAAGCUGCGAGAGAUGGCCCACCAUAAUCAACUCGCACAAACCAAGUCUCUAGAGGGCGUCAGUGAGUCGGCAAUGCUCUCCCAGCUGCAGGGAGAGCUGGUGGCAGUGCAGAGCUCCCUGUUCUCUUUGGGUCUGGAUUUGGAGGCCAGCCAGAGGAGUCUCAGACAGAGUCAGAGACAAGGUGAGGAUCUGGCUCGCUUCAAAGACCGACUGAAUGCUGACCUCCAGGAGGCGCUGCAGCACAGGGAAGAGACUGAAAAACACAAUCAGGACUUGUGUUGCAUGCUUCAGAAAACCCGCGCCGGGCUGCAGGUUAAAGAAGAAGCCCUAAAGGAAGCCGAGGCAGAGCGACUCGCCGUGAUACGAGAAAAAGACCGAAGCAUCGCACAGCUCCGUCACUCCCUGCAGGAUAAGGAGCGACACUUACAGGAGUACUCUGAGAUGUUGGAGACACCAGGAAGCUCCAAACCAAGGGAUGCGCUUCUUGAGAAAUUACGAGAGCGAAUUAAAGACCGGGACAAAGCGCUGGAGCGCUCCAUCGAUGACAAGUUCCGCUGUCUGGAUGAACGUGAGGGUCAAGUGAGGACGCUGCAGCUGGCGCUAAGGGAAAAAGACCGAGACCUGGACAGGCUCCGCUGCAUCCUGUCCAACAACGAGGAGACCAUCACGAGUCUGGACGCUCUGGUGCGAGGGAAAGAGCUGGAACUGGAGCAGGCGGCCGAGGCCUACAGGAACCUCCAGUGGCUGAAGCAGCAGAGUGAGGAGAAGGAGAGGAGCGCUUUGAGGGAGAAGGACACAAUCAUCGGCCAACUACAAGCAGCGCUUCAGGCUCGCAGCAAAGAAACACAGGUCGAUCUGACGGCAGCCCUCGUCGGCAGAGUUCAGGCCGGCGCCGCCAAGGUGGUGGAGGAGCUGAAGGCUCGGCUCCAGCUGAAGGAGAAGCUCUUCCAGGAGCUGCUGUCGGACCGCAGCCGCCAAUCAAGUGAACACCAAACACGGGUGUCGGAACUACUCAACACCCUCGGUGCCAAAGACCAGUACCUGCAGGACAAUUCGUACAGGCUGUCCUUGGUGAUAAGCGAGCGCACGGGUCAGCUGCAGGAGGUGCGCAAGCAGCUGUCGCAGAGAGACCAAGAGCUGUGCGAGCUGAGACGGGACAAAGAGAGGGAGACGGGCGGGGAUGUGCAGCAUCUGCAAGGUCUUCUCCGAGAAAAAGAAGCCUUUAUCAAGGAGAUGAUGCACAACCAAGAGGAAGUUAUGAUGCAGUCGUCCACAGAGAGCGAGGCGGAAGUGAAGGCACUCCAGGAAGAGCUGCAAUUAUUGCUGAAGAAGGAGAAGGAAGCCCAGAAAGAGCUCGCUACUCUGCGUUCAUCUUUUGCCGCUCAGCAAGCAAAGGGAGCUGCGACAGCUUGUACCGAACACGUGCUGGAGCAGCUCGUCUCCGAGUACCGUCAGCUGAACGGUGCCCUCAAGGCCGAGAAGAGAUUAUACCAGAAUCUCGUUCACGCCAACAGUGACAGCUCCAAUGAAGUCCUGGCCCUCCACACUCAACUGGAUUCGGUUCAGGCUCUUCGCGGACAGCUGGAGGAGGUCCUGGGCCGGAUUCAGAACAUGGCCCUCGACCUGGAACGGGCCACUAAAAGGCAGCCUGACUUAGGAGAUGUAAGCUCCGAAGACGAGGAAGGAGAUGAUGAAGACUGCAGCGGCGAUGAGUUCACAGACAGCAUAGAGGAGGACGACAAAGUCACAUCUGCAAGUUUGUCUUCCAGUCAGACCCAAACAGCCCAUGGACAUGAAGAGUCCGAAUUUCCGAGGACUAGCCAACAGACGGUUGAACUGGAGCUAAAAGAAAUACAGUCCGAGCUCGAGCGGGAGGGAUUCACCUCGGUGACCCAGAUGAGGAGCACACUGCAGAGGCUUCGGAAGGAGAACCAGUUCCUAAAAGAACAUCACGGGAGCCUUCAUCGGGGAGAGGAAGACGAUGAUACUGAGGAGGAGGAAGACUACAUGGAUGAUGAUGAUGAUGAGGGGGUUACAUCUUCAGAGCCUGUCAAGGGGUUCGAGCCAGCGGGUGGCGUUAGCGAGCCAGGUCUCAGUGAGCAUUCGGCCCGCCUUUGUUCGGAGAACCGAGAGCUGCAGGAGAGGCUGAUGGUGUCCGAAGCCACGGUUCACGCUCAGGCCGAGCAACUGAAGGACUACAGGGACCUGCUCAAGACGUCCGUGCAGCAGGCCAGUAAGCAGGUGCAAGUGGAUCUGCAGGAUUUGGGCUAUGAGACUUGUGGACGUAGUGAAAAUGAAGCUGAGAGGGAGGACGCCAGCAGCCCAGAAUUUGACGACCUCGAGAUGUGCACGUCGUUGUCUCAUCAACAAGAAGAGAGCUUGGGAGGUGACUGGUACAAAGCCAGUAGAAGCAGCCGUACCAAUGAAAUUGGGGAUGAGUCAGCUCUGCAUCAUCUAGUCCAGGAUCUGCGCUCCCAGCUGACCCGUUGCCACAAAGUAAUCCGUGGCCUUCAGAUGCGUGUUCGCUCCCUGUCCACCACAAGCGACUAUGCCUCCAGCCUGGAGCGGACGCCACGCAAGGUAAACUGGGCUUUUGAAAUGUCACCUGCCCACGAGGGCGUGGAGGAGGAUGAAGGCUGGAUGUCCGACACCCAAGCGACUCCACCUGGAUCCAAGCCCAGUCGCGAGCUGCAAGAGCUCAUUGCACGUGUCGCAACCUUGGAGGCCCAAUUGAAGAGCUCCAAGCUGGAAGGGAAGAGCCAAACAGAGGAGGAGAAAUGUACCACGUGGCCUGGGAAAUACAACUCUCUCAUCCAAGCCCAAGCUCGCGAGCUCUCCCACCUGAGGCAGAGGAUCAGAGAGGGUGAAGGAAUCUCCCAUAUCCUCACCCAGCAUCUGGGUGACACCACCAAGGCCUUUGAGGAGCUUCUGCGGGCCAACGACGUCGACUACUACACGGGGCAAAGCUUUCGAGGGCAGCUUUCACAAAGUACCGCCUUGGCUCAGAGACUGCUCACCAAGCUCACCGGACGAGCGGAAAGCCCCGUUGACAAAACAGGCCACGAGUUGCUCGCCCUGCAGCUGAGCAAGGAGCUUCAGCAAAAAGAUCAAAUCAUCGAAUCUUUGCACAACAAGCUGCAGCAGCGCCCCGAGACACCAUCCAGCUGCCAAGCCCUCUCGGAGACCACCGACCCGUCAGACAGGACUUCCUUGGUGUCCGAUGAAAGUCAAACCAAUGAAGACCUGGAUCUGUGUUCUGAUUUGGACGCGAGAGAUUACCAGGAACAGGAACAGCGGCUACAAUCCGAUCACGAUGCCCAUCCUUCUAUCCCUCCUCCUCGUGGACCCCUCAAAUCUUCCUUCAGCUGUCCUGGAACGCUUUCUGGGGGUUUAACCAGUCCGUCCUUGAGAGCCCCUCUCGGCAUUCCUUUCUCCUCGUCCCUCCCUCCAUCUCGUGACCUCGAUGUCCGGGGUACAGAGUUCACAUAUGAAGCCCACCCUCGGGCCCUGUCCGUGAUGGCUGUUCACCCAGAACUGGACACACUGUACAAACAGAUGAAUGAGCAGAUAAGGGGAUUCCCGGAGACUUCCGGCAAGCCUCUGUUCGCUCUCUCGCCCGGUGCCCUCAACCAGUGCGACCUUUCAGGCUACAACCAUCAUGCCUUUCAACAGUACCAGCUGGGCGGCAUUCCAGAGGGUCACUCGCAUAAGUCGGACUCGGGAAUGAUGACAGGAGGAGGGACUUUUUGGGACAACAUGACACAGUCUAUGGGGAACUAUUCUGGAAUCCCUGGACCGAUCUUAGAAAACAGCCAGACAGGCCCGAAUGUAAUUGGAGAACAUCUACGGGAGGUGCGAUGUCUCCGCCAGCGCCUGGAAGAGUCCAUUAGGACCAACGAGAGGCUCCGACAGCAGCUGGAGGAAAAAUUGGCAAACCCUGGGCGGGAUGGAGGAGCACCAACAAACAUCUACAUUCAGGGGCUGGACACAGUCACACAUCUGUCCAACGAAAUCCGAGUCCUGACAGACGAGAACUUGAAUCUGCAGUCACGUCUACAAGCCAGUACAGACUCGUGCGAGGAGCUGAUCGCAGCACGUGCCCGCCUCAAGCAAGCCGAGCUGGAGGCGGAGCAGUGGAAGGAGGAGUUAAGACGACUUCAGACGCACAGUGAGGAGCAGGGACAGCAGAUCCUCGCCUUGAGGCAGGAGAGGCAAGCCGGCCAGGAGAGGAUCAACAGAGCGCAGCACGAGUCGUCACUCCUGCAGCAGCAGUUGAGCGAGAGCAGAGAGCUCAUCCACUCCCUGCAGUCCGAACUGCAUGUGUACGAUCGCGUGUGCUCCAGUUCCAAAUCCAACAAAGGCUUCUUGUGCGAGGCCACCGGCCUGCCCGUGGAGUUGGGCGAGCUACUGAGUGAGGUGAGGAGUCUGCGGGCCCAGCUGCAGAGCGGCGUUCAGGAGAGCAGCGCCCUCAAGCAGCUGGAGCUCCACAAGCAGCUGGAGCAGAAGCUGGGCGGCGGCUCCCCUCGCACGCCGGCGCUGUCGGCCUUGAGCGCUAGCCCUCAGAGGGAGAACGUCUACAAGCGACAGCUGCUCCACGACCCGGCCCCUUCUCCACCUGUCAGGGACAUUGGUCUCUUUAACUGUGGGUCUCCCUGCCCCCCCUACUCGGACCUGGAUGACAACCAUAGCGCCGCCAACGACCCUCUUGACCCUCACACCGAGCUGGAAGGUGACGCCCCCGAUGGCUCUUUCGCUAACCGCUACGGCCGCCACGCCGUGGGUCACGUGGAUGACUUCAACGCUCUGCAGCAACAAGUCCUCGAAGGUCGCAGCAUCGUGCAACGCAUGGAGACGGCAUUGAGCGAUCUGUCGCCGUUGGGAGCCAACCAGAAACAGAGCAGUGAGCUGUUUUUGGAGUAUGGCAAUGCCAAAAGUCUCUUGGCCAACACCAAGACCCUGAGGCAGAUUUUGGAGGAGGCGGCUUCACUACUGAAAAUGUUUUGGAGGGCGGCGCUACCCAGCACUGACGCCUCCAUCCCGAACCUGAAGAAGGAGCAGUCGAUGCAAGAGGAGAUUUUGUCCCUCAAGCUACGCGUGUCUGAGCAGGAGGAGCUUCUGAAGGGGAUGAUUCAAAGACUGAGGAGCACCAGUCGCACCAAGGAGAACAUGGAGCAUUUCAUUGUGAACCAGCUGUCAAGGACUCGUGAUGUUUUGAAGAAAGCAAGGACAAACUUGGAGAAGAACGAGCUGAGACUUUCCUCUCUAAGCUCCUCCUCUUCCUCUCCCUAUGCCGGUAAUUGUCUUGCCCAAAAAGCUAAGGAGCCAGGAGGCGGUACCCGAAAGCAACCUGCUGAUGUCCCUCGCCUGAGGACCGCCUACGUCGAAGCCCCUGCGGCCAGGAAGCGCACCAGCCAAUGCUUGCUGUAAACCACCAAACAACCAGCCUCAACGCUGUGACCUCGAUAUUUAAAAUCAAGAGCCCCCCCUCCCCACUUCUCUUAACCUCUGUCUCCAACCAGGCCUUAGCAAAGUCCUUUUAGCCUCGCCAGCCCCCAAACAUGCAGUUAAUGUUCUUUGAGUGUAACUGCCAGCAGUGUGUAUGACAGAAGGUGUGUGAAAUGUGUCCCUGGUGGAUUCAGUGACAAGCCGGAUGGAGCGGCUUGAAGACGCCCCCAAAUGGAGGGUCUUCUUCCGAGAGCCUAUGGAGGGAAAAAGGUGUUUUGUGCAUGUAAGAAUGAGGUCUGUGAGAGGAACACGCAUAUACACCGUCGUUUGGGGCACUUGGAUAUGUUUUUGUUUUUAUAAAGAAAAGCAUUUAUCUAAAUGACUUCUGAUUGGUUGUUUAUCCUCUGGUGGGGUGUUUUUUUUGCUACUCUAAAGGCACAAGAUGGGCUCAGACAGAGUUGACUAAUGCAAAGUCCCCCUUUAAUUUGAUAUUUAAAAUAAUGCUUUUCUUAAAAAGAAAUUUAAGAUAUUUGCAAGUGACCCAAUUUUUGAGCUGCGGUGUAUAUGUGCGGUGUGUGUGAUCCAGGAAAGUUCACUCAAAGAAAACAAUCUGUGAUUCCAUCGAUCACCAGAUAUUUCGAUUUGAAAAUGAAAAAUCUUACUCACUGACAUUCACAAUGUAUUAGUCGAGAUAAUGGAGGAAUGUAGGCCGUUUGGAUCAGCGACGUGCGGUUAGGGGAUGCAGGUGAGGCACGACAAGUAAAAAAAUAAUAAUGACAAACUGAAUAUUAAUAUUCGUCCAGUGAGCUUUAGUUUUGACUAAUUAUGAACAUUUCUAAAGUCAAAUUUGCUGAAAUUUCAUAUUUCCUGUUCCAAUACAAAGGUGAAACGCUUUGUUUUGCUGAUGGGACAUAAAACUGCAGUAAAAAGGAACAGGUUGCGGCAAAUAGUACUCUGCCGCACCGAAGGGGGCGUACGUGAGCCAACGGGUGAUUAAUGCUGCCCCAUUUGUUGCUUGUAGAGGUAGACGAGACAGCUGUCACAAACUAAGCACAGAUCUGUUAUUUUGCAUUAUGGUGCUAAAAGUAAAGUAGUCUGAAGUAAGCGAGGCGUUUUUGGGAUUUGAUGAUAAAAGUAGCUCAAACAUAGGACGGAGCUGCUGUGAUUGGAUCCGUGCUGGCCAAAAUUAAAGAAAAGGUGCCGAAACUAAAGGGAAAUAAGAUGUACUUUUACAAAAAAGUAACCGAGGUUUUGUGGCCCAUGGACUUCGUCUACAAAUAAAGGUAAGACCACAAUUGCGUAGAAUGCUAUUGAGAUAAGAAAUAACCAAGAAAUAAUCAGUAGCCAAUUGAAUGCAAAACUCUUAAGGGUAUAUUUGUAAAUCUGACAUUUUUAAAGAGUAUGUGCCUCACCAACCACAUCCCUCACCGCACGUCACUGGGCUGGAUUAUUUUGUGAUUUAUUUUAUCCUUUCUGCAUCCAAUGAGUCCGUCAAUGAGUCGUAGACACCAGCAAUUGGUUCAAUAUUUUGUUACCAGCUUCCAUUCUUAAGUGUGGAAGCGUCGUGAUUUGGCAUUUCUAACAUGCAUGUUUGCUGAAUGUGAGGUUGAAGUGCCGCAAAAUAAGAAGCUGACGUACGAGCAUGUGCAAUAAUGCAGUGACUUGAAGCUGGAGUGUCGCAUGAUCACAAUUUUGUUUGUUCUUACAAUCAACUUAUUUAUAUGGGACGGGAGAUUGCCAUUACUUGCCAAAGUUUGAACUUCAACUUGCCUUAACCAUGUGAAUGAGGAAUUAUUAGCCUAUCGGGAUAUAGAAGGCUUCUAUAGAAGCACGUCAAACUGGUUUGGUUUGUUCCCGAUUGUGCAACAUAUUAACAGUUUUGGACCAAAACCAAUGAAAGUGGAUUUUCACCAAAAGGCCUCAUGCCGUUUUGUGUUUCUAUAUUUUGACAUUCUCAUGGUCAUGUUAUAGAUGACGCAAACUUUGGCAGUGCUACUGGUGGGAUCAUUCUGUACAUUUUCUUUUUGUGUUUGACGCUUGUACAUGUGCCAUUCAUGCUGUAAAUAACCUUUUUUAUGUGCGCGGGUGCUUGAAUAAACAUGCAUUUGCUUUGUGCAAAAUUGAGCUUAGCCGUGCGGUAACUUGACAUCUUUUAAAUGGACGUUGUAUUUCAACGUGUGUUCUCGCCUUGAUGCUACUGAACACAUUUUUGUCUGUCCACGCAUAAAUAUUAUGGCUUUGCUUGACUUUAAAUUGAAAGCUUCAUUGGGGGGGGGGGGGGGGAGCCUUAUUGUUAAAGAACGGAAUCAAAGCAGUCAGUCUUGAGUUUUGAAUGUACAGUACUGCUUUAAAUGUGGCUGGAAAGAAGCUUAGAUUUGCAAAACGAACACAAGCGGAACCAGUCUCUGAUGACAAUGUGUGUUGUGUUGUCAAAAAGUAUUUAGCGCUUAAAGAUUUUGGAACCGAACCAAUAAAAUGUUUAAAAAAAA